AUGUCGUCUGCAAACUCUACUACAUACAUAUACUUUUCCGCAUCAUUUAAGGACCCUGUCGUGGUAAAACUCGUGGCUCCAAAAGGCAUAUUCCUUAUGACACUGUCCACAUGGGUCUCGAUUGGAAGUUAUUCUAACACCGCUGCUCUUGGCGGUGGACUAUGGCAUCAGUUGCUAUCAAUAAAGGUGGUCAUCGGCUUUGUCGUGCAAGUAGUGUGUCCUUAUUUUGGUGUCGUAUCAGCAUUCGCCAUUCAAACGACUGUGCUCGUGUACGCUAUCAUCCCUCCUAUUCCCAUCAAAGUUAUGACCAAAUGCACUGACGAAAUGAGACAGGACACUCCGUUGGGAUCUCAUUUAUCUUGCAGAUGGGACGGUCCGCUCAUGCGCCCUCCUCAGAGACAAGCACUUCUAUCGUACAUUGUUGCUGGUAUAACGGUCAAUGGAGCGAUCAUGGUAGCUCUUACGAUACUACUUUACAACAAGAAGACAUCUUUUCGCAGAACAAAUGCCAUGAUCCACGCAUUAAUCAUCUAUGCAGUUGAAAGAUUUUUCUUCAUCACCGCGGUGGUAUUCUCCCAACUCAUCGGGGCAAGUAACUUGAACGUCAUCGACACAUUAGUGAACCCGGCUGCUCUCUGGCCGCUGGAGUUGAACUUCAUAAUUGGACAAUUGGAGGCAAAUUCUCUCCUCGCCACACUAAACUCGCGUACCCAAAUGCACAGCGCAUCAUCCAGGGACUCAGAAACGCUCUCCGGAAUCAACAGUGUUCGUAUCGGACGCCUGCAAAAUUGGAACCAGCAGCAUUCAAUAGUUGUGGACGUCCAUCCAAGAUUCAAUGUCUCGGCACAAGAGGCUGUUCAUGGUUCUAGGAAUAUCGAAUCUGGGAUGGAUGUGUCCCGCACUGAGUUAGUGGAGAUGAGCGACUUUACCAGAGGGAAGGAAUCGGGGGAGCAUUGA